GCUAAGGUGGCUUUGCUUGUUGUUCGUCAGGUCGCCGCGUAAUUUGUCACCCAAGGAGUUGAUACGUCCCAGCAAAUCUUCCGUCUUCUAUUUUGGCUAGACCACGGGUUUUGGCUUAUACCAUUGGUCGACACUCAAACUGGGAACAAUGACUGACGACAUAGACGUUGAGGCGAUGCUUGAGGACCAUUACGCUCGGGAGGGCUACUCGAAGUCCAAUGGUCAUCGAAGACGUGGUCGUUCACGUUCCAGGGAUCGAAGUAGAAGACAUAAGUCGCGCAGCAGAAGCAAAGAACGUCGACGGGAUAAAAAUCUUGAAUCCGACCGGGGACGACAUGAACGCCGCCAUAGUUCGCGUGACCGGGAUCGACAUAGGUCUAGUAGAGAUGACCACAGAUCGUCGCGGACUGAAAGACGUCAGAAAUCUCCUGAACUUAGUCCAGAAGAGCGAGACGCACGGACUGUGUUCGUUUGGCAGCUGUCUGCGCGCAUUCGACAACGAGAUUUGGAGGACUUCUUCACUUCAGUGGGUAAAAUCAGAGAUGUUCGUCUAAUCAUGGACAACAAAACCAAAAGAUCAAAAGGCAUAGCCUAUGUUGAAUUCCGUGAAGUAGAGUCAGCUCAGCUGGCCCUUGGACUUACCGGCACUCGCUUAUUAGGCGUUCCAAUUCAGAUCCAACAAAGCCAUGCUGAGAAGAAUCGGGUAAGCGCUACUCCCUCAUUGCCUCGGCCGUCGCAACAGAACAGGGGACCGAUGAAAUUAUACAUAGGUUCUUUGCAUUACAACAUCACGGAAGAAAUGUUAAAAGGUAUAUUUGAGCCUUUUGGGAAGAUAGAGGAUAUAAAAUUAAUCAAGGACCCUACUACCAAUCGUUCGCAAGGUUAUGGCUUCGUAACGUACGUCAAUAGUGAUGACGCUAAAAAAGCACUGGAUCAAUUAAACGGGUUUGAGUUGGCUGGCCGACCAAUGAAAGUGAAUCAUGUAACCGAACGCAGUGAGUAUGCUUGUCUAAGCGCUUUAGACAACGAUGAGGCUGACCGUUCAGGCGUUGAUCUAGGCACCACUGGAAGAUUGGCUUUGAUGGCAAAACUCGCUGAAGGCACUGGCUUAGAGAUCCCCAAAGCUGCCCUUGCUCAACUACAUAUCGGGCAAAACAACCCGAUACUGGGUUCAGCUGGAAGUGUUAGUUCAUCAUCCGCAAUUGCUCCUCCCGUGUGCACACAAUGCUUUAUGUUAUCCAAUAUGUUUGAUCCACAUGUUGCUACUCAUUCGGUUUUCGAAGAAAUACGCGACGAUGUUAUUGAGGAAUGUACCAAGGCCGGCGGAUGUCUCCACAUUUUUGUUGAUCGCACCAGUGCCCAAGGAAAUGUUUACGUCAAAUGUCCUAGUAUAGCAGUUGCAACUCAAUGCGUGAACAUGUUACAUGGUCGCUAUUUCUCCGGACGGUUGAUUACUGCGGCCUACGUUCCUUUAAUAAAUUAUCACCAACUCUUCCCAGAUUCCGUAACUGCGAAAACACUAUUGCAUCCUUCAAGUUGAAACUAUUGUAAAUAACCCAAAUGUUUAUUGACCACUGCAUUUGUCAAUAUAUUAUCACUAAUAAUUUGUUUUCUUGACAGCUUUUGGGUACUGAACAUUCCUUCUAUUUGUCUUGAUUGGCUGUGUAGGAUUCUGCUUCUUAGUCUCACAACGGUUUGACAGAACGCUACUUAAGAAGGUGUUCAAAUACGAGGGUUUCGAAGUGGCUUUAAACAAGCUAUAGUUUCCUCGGUUCUCACCUACGAACUCAAUAUUUAUAUUGAAAUGGGAUGUAAGGUCACCGUUGACAAAUAAGGAUGACCAAUGUUCUACAUUAUCGGGUCACUAACGUUAAGCUGAGAGGCGGCUAUAUGCAGCACUAGAUUUCAAAAGGUAGGUACUAUGUCGGUCUUUACGUGACAGGUACAGGCGGAACAACAGGUAGUCAUUAAAACGGUACUCCUGGAUCGUUUCUGUCGUUGCAAAGCCUGUUAUACUUGCAGUAUGCCUUGGUGUUUACACAUAGGGUUUGUUGAAUCAGUGUAGACAUCAGGCCUUACUGUGGUGAACGUUAAUCUUCUGACAAAUAAUUUGGUACUCAAGAUGUGUGCUGCUUGUGGAGCGGUUUGGUAACACUCCUGAAGAGACUACAUUUGUUAGCUUUUCUGCAUUAUCUGUCAGUCUUUUUCAAG